UCUAUCUCCAAUAGAGUUUGUGUGUAUAUAUACACACACCUUCCAGCCAUGCUCUCUUUUUCCCUUCUUCUCUCUCCCACCCUACUCCGCCCACUUUGCCGGAAUUUUCACAGCUUUACUUCCCAUCUUUAUUUUACAAGUGUAUUGCUGAAUAAAAGCUGGUUAUGGAGGCUACAAAAGAAUUUGGACUUAGGAAUGUCAGUUCCAUUUGCUCAAUGUCUGAGAUGGAUGAUUAUGAUCUCACCAAGCUUCUUGACAAGCCGAGGCUGAAUCUUAAAAGGGAGAAGUCAUUUGAUGAAAGGUCACUCAGUGAAUUGUCAAUUGGUUUAGCAAGAGGGCUGGAUAACUUUGAGAGUUCUUACUCACCAGGAGGACGUUCCGGAUACGAUACCCCUGGUUCGUCAGCACGGAACUCUUUUGAACCCCAUCCCAUGGUUGCCGAAGCCUGGGAUGCUUUAAGACGAUCUUUGGUGUUCUUUCGGUCCCAACCAGUUGGCACUAUUGCUGCAUAUGAUCAUGCUUCUGAGGAAGUACUAAAUUAUGACCAGGUUUUUGUUCGAGAUUUUGUACCAAGUGCACUGGCUUUUCUAAUGAAUGGUGAGCCAGAUAUAGUUAAAAACUUCUUACUAAAGACAAUCCAGCUUCAAGGAUGGGAAAAACGAAUAGACAGAUUUAAACUAGGUGAAGGGGCAAUGCCAGCAAGUUUCAAAGUUCUUCAUAAUCCGGAUCGUAAAACAGAUAGUGUUGUAGCAGAUUUUGGUGAGAGUGCAAUAGGACGAGUUGCUCCAGUUGAUUCUGGAUUUUGGUGGAUUAUCCUGCUCCGGGCAUAUACAAAAUCUACUGGAGAUUUAACUUUAGCUGAAACACCAGAGUGCCAAAAGGGUAUGAGACUCAUACUAAGUCUCUGUUUAUCAGAGGGAUUCGAUACAUUUCCAACUCUUCUUUGCGCUGAUGGAUGCUCAAUGAUUGACCGAAGAAUGGGAAUUUAUGGUUAUCCAAUCGAAAUCCAGGCACUGUUCUACAUGGCACUAAAAUGUUCGUUGGCAAUGCUAAAACCUGAUGCAGAAGGAAAAGACUUUAUGGAAAAAAUUGUUAAGCGCUUACAUGCCUUAAGUUACCAUAUGAGAAGUUAUUUCUGGCUUGACUUCCAACAAUUGAAUGACAUUUAUCGAUAUAAAACAGAGGAAUAUUCUCACACUGCAGUAAAUAAGUUUAAUGUUAUUCCUGAUUCAAUCCCAGACUGGGUAUUUGACUUUAUGCCGACACGCGGGGGCUACUUUAUUGGCAAUGUCAGUCCUGCUCGGAUGGAUUUCCGAUGGUUUGCUCUGGGAAAUUGUGUUGCUAUUUUGUCCUCUCUUGCCACUCCUGAACAAUCUGCUGCUAUUAUGGAUCUUAUUGAGGAACGAUGGGAGGAGCUAGUUGGAGAGAUGCCAAUUAAAAUUUGUUAUCCUGCUAUAGAAAGUCAUGAAUGGCGAAUUGUAACUGGCUGCGAUCCAAAGAAUACCAGAUGGAGUUAUCACAAUGGAGGCUCUUGGCCAGUACUUCUGUGGCUGGUAACUGCUGCCUGUAUAAAAACUGGAAGGCCACAAAUUGCUAGAAAAAUGAUUGAACUUGCGGAGAACCGUUUACUUAAAGAUAGCUGGCCAGAAUAUUAUGAUGGGAAACUUGGAAGAUAUGUUGGUAAACAAGCAAGGAAGUAUCAGACAUGGUCAAUAGCAGGAUAUUUGGUAGCAAAGAUGAUGUUGGAAGAUCCAUCCCACUUGGGGAUGAUUUCCCUGGAGGAGGAUAGACAAAUGAAGCCUGUUAUCAAGAGAUCAUCCUCGUGGACUUGCUGAGGUAUAAAAGAUGGCCAGUAAAAACACAGUAAUUAAAGAAGGCGAGAUCUCUUAUCCUUUCAUUGUGAAAGACGCCAUUCUUUGGUGAUUUAUCCUCCUUGUAGGUUUGAUUUGGUUUCUUGUAUAUUAGCUUCUGCUAAAGACAAGCUUCUUACUUCUAAUAAACAAUGCUAUUCAAUGUUUGCUGCAUAAAAAACUGCAAGGAACGUUGCUUCUACUAGUGUUUGAUGCUUAAAGAA